CUCAUCCCGCCAUGGCUCUCGUUGUGCGCGCGUAGCACUGUCCGUUCCCCUUGCCGCCGAUCGACCGUGCGACAGGCCACAUGCUAGGUUUCAUUCAACCCGACUUAUCGCGAGCCAACACCACCAUGGUUCCGCCUAUGAGCUUCCUUGCGACUGCCUGCAUCGCCUUCUUGGUCCUGGUAGGCCUCGUCGGCCACUGCGUACAUGCUACACCGGAUCAGCAUCCAUUAAAAGGAAUGCCCGAGUUUGCCAAAGCUCGCCAGGCAUGUCCUGACUACAAGACCUACGCGAUGCAUCCCCAUCCUCCUUAUAGCGAUGGGCCAAUGGAACUGCCCUUUCAGCGGCCGGCUCCCAUCUGCCGGACUUUUGAAUCGCCGCUCGUUGAUAAAGUCAUCGAAGCGAUGAAAGAGAAGAUGAUGGAUAAGGACCUGGCUCGAAUCUUCGAAAACGCUUUUCCGAAUACAUUGGAUACUACGGUGCGCUGGCACGUGGAUGGAUCGGAAAAGAGCGCGGCCAAAGCAGCGAAGGCAAACGCCCCAUGGCAGGGCGCCCAAAGCUUUAUUGUUACUGGAGACAUCAACGCGGAGUGGUUGCGGGAUUCAACGAAUCAGCUUGCGCAGUAUCAGAAGCUGGCAAAAAAAGACAAAGCCCUUGAGAGUUUGAUACUGGGUGCUAUCAACACACAAGCCGAGUUUAUCAUCGGCUCACCCUAUUGCAAUGCUUUCCAACCUCCUCCGCCCAGUAAACUGGCUCCUUCAAACAAUGGAAUGGAUGAUAUCGUGCAUCCUGCGUACGAGCCCUCGUUUGUAUUCGAAUGCAAAUAUGAGCUAGAUUCUCUGGCACACUUUCUAUCGUUGACAAACCAAUUUUACAGCCACACGGGAUCGACUCAGUUCCUUACCGCUCGGUGGUACACGGCUUUAGAUAUCCUGAUUGAGACCAUCGGUCAACAAGCAAAGUCAACCUUUGACAAACUCGGUGACUACCGGAGGAAUGAGUACACCUUUCGGAGGCGCACAGACUCCGGGACGGAGACGCUGAAUCUCGCUGGUCUCGGCAAUCCCUUGAACAGCGGCACGGGCCUAGUCCGAAGCGCUUUUCGACCUAGCGAUGAUGCCACCAUAUUGGGGUUUCUCGUGCCCGCUAAUGCUAUGAUGGCUGUAGAGCUGAGACGUUGCGCCGAAAUUCUGAAGAAAGUUGGAGACAGCAAGGCCAAGGAACUUGUGAAAACACUUCAACUACGUGGACAAAACAUCGAAGCUGGGAUAUGGGAGCAUGGUGUCGUGCCCCACAAGAAAUAUGGUAACGUGUUUGCAUUUGAAGUGGAUGGAUACGGCUCCUCGAUUUUAAUGGAUGAUGCAAACUUACCAUCUCUCCUCGCUUUGCCCUUGAUGGGCUUUGUCGAUGUCAACGACGAAACGUACCAAAACACGCGCAGAAUGAUUCUGGAAAAAGCGGGCAAUCCAUACUAUCUCAAGGGCAAAAAUUUCCAAGGUAUAGGGGGCCCACACAUUGGAUUGCAAAAUGCUUGGCCAAUGAGUCUCCUCAUCCAAGCAAUGACUUCGGACGACGAUGAGGAGAUCAUGGAGGCAAUCACGUUUGUGAAACAAUCAAGCAAACUAGGUUUGAUUCACGAGAGUAUAGACGUCAACCAUAUCCGCGGGUUUACUCGACCUUGGUUCGCGUGGGCAAACUCAGUCUUUGCGCAAACGAUUCUUGAUCUGGCGGCUCGCAAACCACAUCUGCUCUUCGGCGAGGGCGCAAAGCCGUAUAUUAUUGAGUAGGAUCCGAGCAGCUGCUUUCACUUAAACUACGGAUUCCAAAACCAGUGCCUUCAUGGGUGCUUCAUGGAUGGCUUGUGCAUGCUCUAUAGGCUUAUGACAUGGGCUUGGACUUCUCUUGAUAAAGAGCUUCCCCGGAAGCGGGAAUUGUCUAUGAAACAUGUACCAUAAAGAAUACAGUCCGAGUGGAAAUCUUAUGAGAAAGCAUAGCUUAAUGUCUUACAGUUAUGUACCGGCUGAA